UCUUACGAUCUUUUUGCAAUUUGCUCAUUUCCAGGGCAGCAGGUUCUUGGCUUGGUGGAGAACCAGAGUGAUUGGUAUUUGGGCAACCUUUGGAAGAAUCAUCGGCCCUGGCCAGCACUUGGGAGGGGCUACAACACAGGGGUUAUCUUGCUGCUUCUGGACAAGUUACGAAAGAUGAAAUGGGAGCAGAUGUGGAGGCUUACGGCAGAGCGGGAGUUAAUGAGCAUGCUGUCCACUUCCCUGGCUGACCAGGAUAUCUUCAAUGCAGUCAUCAAACAAAAUCCAUUCCUUGUCUACCAGCUCCCAUGUUUCUGGAAUGUGCAGCUGUCUGAUCACACACGUUCCGAGCAGUGCUAUAGAGAUGUGUCUGACCUGAAGGUGAUUCACUGGAACUCACCAAAGAAGCUGCGAGUGAAAAACAAGCACGUGGAGUUUUUCCGCAACCUCUACCUGACGUUCCUGGAAUAUGAUGGGAAUUUGCUGAGACGGGAACUCUUUGGUUGCCCCAGUGAGGCAGAUGUUAACAGUGAAAAUCUCCAGAAACAGCUGUCUGAGCUGGAUGAGGAUGACUUAUGCUAUGAAUUUCGUCGAGAACGUUUCACUGUCCAUCGCACUCAUUUGUAUUUUCUACAUUACGAAUAUGAGCCGGCUUCAGACAACACCGAUGUAACGCUGGUGGCUCAGCUCUCGAUGGACAGGCUCCAGAUGCUCGAAGCCAUCUGCAAACACUGGGAGGGUCCCAUCAGCCUGGCACUCUAUCUUUCUGAUGCAGAAGCCCAGCAAUUUCUCCGCUAUGCCCAGGGCUCAGAAGUGCUUAUGAGCCGCCACAAUGUUGGCUACCACAUCGUGUACAAGGAGGGCCAGUUCUACCCUGUGAAUCUGCUAAGGAAUGUGGCCAUGAAGCAUAUCAGCACACCAUACAUGUUUCUGUCUGACAUCGACUUCUUGCCCAUGUAUGGACUCUACGAGUACCUCAGGAAGUCCGUCAUCCAGCUAGACCUGGCUAACACCAAGAAAGCUCUGAUUGUACCUGCUUUUGAGACCCUACGCUACCGCCUCUCCUUCCCCAAGUCAAAAGCAGAGCUGCUAUCUAUGUUGGACAUGGGAACCCUUUUCACGUUCAGGUAUCACGUCUGGACGAAAGGGCAUGCGCCGACGAACUUUGCCAAGUGGCGAACAGCCACCACCCCCUACCGCGUUGAGUGGGAAGCAGACUUCGAGCCAUACGUUGUCGUGCGGAAGGACUGCCCGGAGUAUGACAGGCGGUUUGUUGGAUUUGGCUGGAACAAAGUAGCUCACAUCAUGGAACUGGAUGCACAGGAGUACGAGUUCACGGUGCUGCCCAACGCCUACAUGAUCCACAUGCCGCAUGCCCCCAGCUUCGACAUCACCAAGUUUCGCUCCAACAAGCAAUAUCGCAUCUGUCUCAAGACCCUGAAGGAGGAAUUCCAGCAGGAUAUGUCACGCCACUACGGCUUUGCAGCCCUCAAAUAUCUCACGGCAGAGAACAACAGCUAGCACAGUGGAGCCCGUGUGCGGGAAACAGGGACACCGGAGAGAAGAGCCACUCGACGUUUGGGGCCCGGCCUUCAAACUGAGAAAUACUUUCUGUUUUUAUAUCAUACCCGGCAGUUCUAACAGUAGGAAUUUGAAGUGACAUGUCUUCGGACUAUGCUCCUUCCCCCCUUCCCCGACUACCCCAGGCCUUUCGGCUUUAGCAUUCGAGAGGUGUCAACAAGAGGGGGCCGGCCACGCGCCCACCGUGCUGCCAGAGGUGGGGCCUGGGCAGGGGGAAUGCACUCUGCUCUCUUAACUGCAGAGCAAAGACAGACCUUCAGAAUAUAGGAUUUCAUGUUGCUAUUUAAUAAUUUGACAUGCUUUUUAUCUGUAAAGGA